CCAAGGGUCUAGAGUGCUUCACUGCAAGCCCUUGCAAGAACUCAGCGACACGACGAGGGGAAAACAGCACCCCUACUGCUCUAAUAACUGAUCUCUUACACUUGGCUCAUUGCUCAUCCCCUCCACCCCAUGGAGGUGGAUAUCUCCCCCCCAGGCGGAACCCGUCCGGCGACUCCGCUCCUGGGUGAAAACUCUGACCCCCCCUCAGGACCUACCACCCCGACCCCCCUACCCCGGAACUCCCUGAAGAGAAGGGCCUUAUUCUCCCCGCAGAAGACUCCCACUGCAGCUCCAGUCCCUGUAUCCCAUACGCCGCAAGCCCCGUCGAUCUGCGAACAGGUCGGCAUGGUAGCAGACGACCAGCUAGCCCUUCUUCAUGAUUGGAAACUAGCCAUGACCUCCCUUGCCAAAGCUCUAGAUCUAACUGUCUCCUCCCUACAGGGCCGCCCAAGAGACCUGGCCCGGGAGCUUGCAGCCAGAUUCGUCACCCUUGCAAAGCAGGACUCCCCUCAGCAGAUUUCUCAGAUGCCUGUGGUUGCACCCCCACAGCCACCCAGACAGAUGGAACAGCCAAACCAUCCUCCCACUCCUGAAGCUUCCAAAAGCCCCCUGAACAGGCAAACCUCGCAGCCUACAACCUGGGCAUCCCUAACAGCUCCAAGAACUGGCCAGGGGAACUGGCAAACUAUUGCCCCUGAACACCAUAUGCAAGCCAAGCAAACAGCACAACGAAGGCUGAAGCAGUCAAACAAGACUGACCACCGCAUCUUCCUCCGCCUCCCGGCCUCCUCCAGCCUCCGAGCUAUUGGACCACAUGGCAUCCGGGUCACCCUUGCUGGGAAGGUUCCGGACGGGAUCACACAGGUACAAGUAAUAUCAACCGGGUAUGCAAUCACUACAACAGAACAGGGCAAGGCUUUCCUACUAUCAGAGAAGGCUGCAAGCCUAGCUGGGGAUGGGUACUUUGAAAUUCCAACAGAGUACCACCAGACAUUAGCAUGGAAGCAGAGCGCAUUACUGGCAUUAAGCCUCUCAUGGCCAAGCUCUCAAAACACCCAGUAG